AUUCGUACUGAUUAAUUUUUUUUGGGGAAAUUACCCUUCCCAUAUAUCAUUGUUUUACCAUAUAUGUAGUAGAUACCUAGUAUCUUUCAACUCACGAAAUCUGUUCAACUGGGUAAUCGAAAUGUGCUGUUUUUAAAUCAGUUUCAUUUAAAGCUAUAGUCAGUGGGUACUAAUUGUAGGGAUGUUACAAUAUUUCCCAAUCUUGAUGUUGUUAUAGUUUUUUGGCAUUUUAUUAUUAUUUUUUUCGAGAAUAGUUUUUAUUUUUGAAGGCCUUAAAUUUAUAAUGGGAGCUUAUGUGAAUGUUUUGAAAGUAAUUUUCUUGACGUGUUUGUUUAAUCAGAUAUACUGUUUUUCAUAUGGACGAUACCCUUGUCCGACUAGAACAUUACGUUGCAAUAACGGACAAUUCGUCGCAACCGGUGAAUUGUGCGACGAUACUCAAGAUUGUACCGACGGAAGCGAUGAGCCAAGCUCGUGUAAGACAUGGAAUUGCGGACCGGGUCAAUUUUCUUGUAUUCCUUAUUCGAAUUCAACUACAAAUGCGACAGCGACAGCGACAUGCUUAAAUGCAAAAGUUCUAUGUGAUACACGUAAAGACUGUGCCAAUAACUUCGAUGAAGAAAAUUGCGGAGAUCUAAUAAAUGUGCAGAACUGUCAAAUCGGCGAUGGGAAAUUUUUAUGCAAGGAUAAAUCAAGAUGUCUCGGGAUAGAGUAUACUUGCGAUGCUGUUUGUCAAUGCCUCGAUUGUUCUGAUGAGAAUGACAAUUGUACUAAAAUUGACUACCAGCCACUGAAUAGAUGUCCGCAUGCUUACUACCCCCUACCAUUAUCAUCAGGUGCCAUUUGUUUGUGUAAUUCAUCCAGUGGCGUUUCACAGAAUUUAUGUAAAGAAGUAAAAGAUUGUACAUCGGAGAGUCGCUGCGACCAACGAUGCUCAAAGUAUAAAAAUAGAAUCUUAUGUUCGUGUUUUGAAGACUAUGUUGAAGUAGCGGUAUCAAAUGGUUUCAAAUGUCGAAGCAAACAACACUACGGAACCAGGUUGAUUUAUUCUACAUCUAAUCAAAUAAAAUCUCUAAAUGCGACAACAAAAAGAACGAUAGUUAUAAAAAAGGAUGUACAAACUCAAGUAUUAGCAGCUGCCUUGGAUACCGUUUAUUACACAACGUAUCGCGAUAUGAGUAAAAGUAUCUACCGAAUCUCAAAGGACACGUACAGCGCUCAGAAGAUGUUAGAUUCAAAUUCACCCAUUGUAUCUAUCGCUGUAGACUACAUUACUGAAAAUGUGUAUUUUACAAGCAACGGGUCUUUAUCAGUUUGCUCGAAAAAAGGAGAAAUCUGUCUGCAGUUGAUAUGCUGCAAUGUGUCUUACGUGGUCUUGAAUCCCAAAAAUGGGACAAUGUUUUACACUAAACUUGCUGACAAACCAAACGAACGAUUUUUGAUGCGAGCCAACAUGGAUGGAUCCCGAGAAACCAUCUAUGUCGAUGGUUCUUUCCCAGAUAUCACUCCAAUUGCGGUUGAUGAAGAAUUUUAUAGAUUGUAUUGGUUGGAAGGCAACAAAAUACAUUCAAUUUCUUUGCAUGAUAAGACUAUCAAAAAACGGGAAGUUCAAUUCAAUCAUGCCUUGGAUAAGUCGUUGUCAGUUUUGGACGGAAUUAUGUUUUACGCUACGCAGCGUGAAAAUAAAAUUUACCAGGAAGAAAAUCUGGAACGUUUUGUGAAAUCGGCGGACAAAAAAAGAGAUGAGUAUUUCGACUAUUACGAGUAUGAACGACGUUUAGAGGACAGCAAUUACACGCUACAUACCGAUACAGAAUCCACAAUUUCGAUUGUAGAUGUCAAAGCGUAUAAUUAUGUACGACAACUUGCUGCCAAGGCUAAAAAUCCAUGCGGUUCUUCAUGCAGUGGUAUAUGUUUAUUGCGUGCUCCGAGAUAUACUGCGUUAUAUGGUAGCGUGUUGACUACCUGUACUUGUGACGAUUUCUCUCCUUCAGAGGAUAAUCAUUGGUGUGGGCCGUCUUCUCUUCAAAUAAAUCCUACACCAAAUGAUGGCGACGAUGAUGGAUUUCCCUUUAUGAUGACGUUGUUGAUUUUGGUUGUGCUGGCGGCUAUUCUUGGUGGAAUGUAUUUUAUUUAUGACAAAUAUUACAGAGGGGUAUUUUACAAUUCGAGCCGAUCUCAAGAUGAUAGAAUUUUCGAUCCUAAUCGAGAUGAGUUGUGAUUCGUCGAUAUUUCAGUACAUUGAUGUAGGCGCCUAGGAGUAUUGGGAAUUUUUUCAAAAAUAAAUAAAUAAAUUUUUCACUAUACCUACCUUAA